AUUGUGUUAUUUUCAGGGUUCGUGUAGCAAAUGUUCUACUCAAGGAAACGAUUUAUGGGCUUGUCUUCAGGACUGUUGUUCAUAUGUUGGAUGUGGUAAAUGCAACAAAAAUCACAUUGAGCUCCAUAACCAGGAAACUGACCAUCAUUUGUGUAUUAAUCUACAAACGUACAGUAUCUGGUGCUUCACAUGUCAAACUACUGUUGACAUGCCAACACCAGAUGAGCUAGAGUCCCAUGGUAAUAAGGGAAUAGCUAGUCACAAGACACACCACCACGAUAUUCUAGAUGAAGAUGACUUCCUUGACUUAGAACAAGGCCUAAAACCCAGAGGGCUGUGCGGAUUGACAAACAUCGGUAACACUUGCUACAUGAAUGCAGCUUUGCAAGCAUUAUCAAACUGUCCUCCCGUGAUGCAGUAUUUCCUGGACUGUAGUGCAAUGGUUGGAGAAAAUAAACACCCAAGUGUAUCCACUAACUUCUAUCAUUUGAUCCAUGAAAUCUGGUCUAGAAAAAGACCCAAGUCCUUUGUACCAUCACAAUUAUUAAGGAGUGUUAGAAGUGUAAAUUCGCAGUUCAGAGGAUAUGGGCAACAGGAUGCACAGGAGUUUUUGCGCUGUAUUAUGGAUAGACUGCACGAGGAGCUCAAGCAGCCCGUCAUGGCAUACUGUACUCCAUCGUGUGAUACAUCAGAUGAGAGCGAUGAGCCUAGUCACCAGGCAAAGAGAUUACUUGGUGGACAGGCACUGGAAACUACUAAUGAUUUAGAUAUGUCCUUCGAGAGCAGCGAUGAUCAACACAACACCAUGCCGUUAGACAGACGGAGAUCAAGUMCCGUUCUUGACACCUCUGAUGUUCAAAUCGAUAUCGAAAUGGAAGAUGAAGAGGUUUCUCCUUCAACAAAACUYACUAAUAAUAAAUUAUAUUCAAACGGAGAAUGCUCUGGAAGUGUUGACGACGUCAAUAGAGGAAUGAGCUUCCAUGACAAGAUCCCUCAAAGUGCGCAGAAGGGCAGAGAUCAUGAUGGUGGCCCUUCUGCUAUGGAUGUUGAUGUACCACAUGCAGAGGUGAUCAAGAAAACAUCUAACUAUCGAAGUAUCAUCACAGAUCUGUUUGAUGGRAGAGUUCAGAGCUCUGUACAAUGUCUCACCUGCAACAGAGUUUCUUCUAAGAUUGAAACAUUCCAGGACUUAUCACUACCAAUUCCAGGUAAAGAUGAGCUGGCUGUCAUCCAUGCAACACAUUGCUCACCAAUUACAACAUGCUCAAGAAGAGAAGAGUCACUGUACGAUCAAAAAGGCUGGGUAUUGUCCAUAUUUGAUUGGCUAAAAAGGUGGAUUUUUGGCCCUCAAGUUACCCUACAGGAUUGUUUGUCAGCGUUUUUCUCUGCUGAUGAACUUAAAGGUGACAAUAUGUACAGCUGUGAAAAAUGUAAAAAAUUAAGAAAUGGUAUAAAACUUUGUAAAGUGCUUCAUUUACCAGAGGUUUUGUCUGACUCGUUUAUAUCGAAUGUGGAAGCAUAUGUUUUAUUUUACAGAAAAGUGAGCGAAGAUGCUUCAAAAGAACGACAGUGGUUGUUUAACAUGAUGAGAAAUCCCGAGCCCUGUGUGCAGUGUUAUUAUGUAUCAAGAUUCUGGUUCACUAAAUUCCAGACGUGUGCUGAUCCAG